CUCUCACUCAGACGCGUUUUAAUGUUGUGCUACAACCGCCUCUAAAAUAGACUAUAUAUCUCACCACAUUGGAUUUGUAAUAGUCCCGUUUCUUGCGUUUUGAGUGGUGAAACAUGAGUCAAGAAGAGUUCUUGAAGGUCCAGACUUGUGUUCUCAAAGUCCAUAUACACUGUGAUGGGUGUAAACAAAAAGUGCAGAAAAUCUUGAAGAAAAUCGAUGGCGUCUACACCACGAAAGUAGAAUCCGAGCAGGGUAAGGUUACGGUUUCCGGAAAUGUGGACGCCGGCACGCUCAUCAAGAAGCUUUCGAAAAAAGGAAAGCAUGCCGAAAUCUGGGGCGCCCCCAAUGACAAUCCAUCCAAGAAUGCCAAUAACAAGGUCCAGCCGCCUCCGCCUCCGCCUAAGAACAGCGGUGGCGGCAACAAAGGAGGGCCGCCGCAGCAGAUAAAAGCGCUUCAAGAUCUGAAGCUGCCGCCGCUCAACGCCAACCCCAACCCCAACCCCGGCAACCAAAAGGCGAUGAAGCCGAGCUUGCCGGAGGAAGAGGGACUGAGUGAUGAUGAGGAGGACUACGACGAUGAUGAUGAAGACGAAGACGAGGAUGAUGCAGCGACAAAGAUGAAACAGCCGCCGCAAAUGCCUAAUAUGAUGAUGCCACAGAUGAAGAAGAAGGCCGCCAAUGCUGGUGGAAAUGGGAAGAACAAAGAAGGCGGCGGCGGUGCAGCUGGUGGGACUAUACCUAUUCAAAGGGUGAAUCAAGGUGUGGCUGGGGCUGGGGCUGGGGCUGGUGUUGGGAAAAAAGGUGGAAAUCAAAAUCAAGGGAAGGCUGGCAAAAAAGGUGGCGGUGGGGCUGCAAAUAUGAACAAUUUCAUAGCUAAGAAAGGGGGUGGAAAUGAUGUGGGCCCUAUGGGAAAUAUGCCAAUGCCCAAUUUACCACCCAUGGCAAAUCUGGCUGCUGUUAAUGGCGGCGGUGCUGGCUCAGGCUACUUCCAAGGUGGACCCCCAGGGCCGGAUCAAAUGGGAGGGAACCCUCUCUAUCAACAGCAGGUGGCGCCAAUGAUGAUGAACCAGCAGCGCGCCGCAGGAAACCAGGGCUUCCAGCCGAUGAUGAUGAACCAGCAGCACGCCGCGGGCAACGAGGGCUUCCAACCGAUGAUGAUGAACCAGCAGCGCGCCGCAGGCAAUGAGGGCUUCCAGCCGAUGAUGUAUGCACCACUGCCACCAGAUGUGAACUACAUGCCACCCUAUCCUCCUUACCCUUACCCAGCACCCCCGGGCCAGCUGGCCAAUCAGUUCUCGAUGUUCAACGACGAGAACACCUCCAGCUGCACCGUGAUGUGAGCCGGAUUCUAGUGACUUGCUGAUAGUGAUGAUGGCUUGAUGCCAUCAUUCUAUACCUAGACAUGGUUUUACAUUUUUUACAUUGAUUUUAAUUUUGAGUUGAUGAUACCCCAAAACUGAAAUAAAAUCAUAGAGAAUGAGGUUUUAGAACCCCAUCUCUCUGACCUUGUUUUUUGAA